GCAUAUUUGGUUCUCCGCAAAAGUUGUCAAUUAGCGAAACAGUGAAUAUGUAGAUAUAAGAUGUCUAUACCGCAUUACCCUAGUUCAAAUGGUUUGAGGGAAUGCUACGCGCAACACCGUGCAGUGAAAGUUUAAGCAAUACUAACUCAUUCGGAGGUUAAAGUGAUUAUUUUCUACAACCGCUGAAUAAGUGUACAUAUUGAUCGGGACGUGAGCGCGUUGUGACUGAUACAGAAUGUAUUAGCAAAUAAAUUUAACUUAAAUGUAUUUUUUUCGGUAUAUUUUAAGUUUUUGAAUAGGUUGAACUGAGGUCUCUAUGUAGUGACUCACAGCAACUAUUUCUCGCAAUACGUGGAGAAUAUAUAAGUAUAUAUCAUAGAAAAUUUUAAAACAAGCUGUUAACUAUGAAAAUACAGAAGUGGUCAGCAUUUCAUAUUGCUUUAAUCUUAUGGCUCACUAAUGUAGUUCAGUGUAUCGGUGAGUGUCGAAUUCAAAACAAAGAAUUAUUUUGUGAGGACGUGGCCAUUGAAAAUAUCACAAUACCAAAAGAUGUAUUCAGUGUUUAUUUGAAAAAUGGAUUUACCAAUUUAACAGAUGGUAUUUUUGAAAACGACAAUCGAUGGGAAAGUAUACGAAAACUAGAUAUUACAAGUCAACAUGGACAGCGUUUUGAUGACCGAGCGUUUGCAGGUUUGAACAAUCUCACAUAUCUAGGACUUCAUACUGCUUGGUGGUUUUCAUUAUCAUAUACAGUGUUUGAGGACCUUGUCACUUUGAUAACGUUAGAUUUCUCUGGAAACGUUCGUUUCGUUUUACGAGAUUUAUGUGAUAUCUUAAGAAAUGCACCAUUGCCAUUUUUGCAGGAAGUCAUUGUCGAUGGCAUUCAAAGCGAAGGUACAUCUUCAUAUCUGACUUUAGAUGAUGAAUUUUUCGAAGCGUUAACAGGAAAUAAGAAGCGAAGAAUAAAGAUCCUCUCCAUGUCAAACACAAAACUUCUAAGCAUAUCGUUUGAAAGCAUCUCUAGGUAUGGUGUGUGUAAUUCAAUUGAAGUAUUCAUUGCAAGAAAUGUAUCAACCGUCAACCUAGAUAAUGACAUUAAGGACGGUAGACAUUAGUGGAGCUAAAAAUGUAUUGUUUCAGUCUAAUUUGUGGUAUUUAGAUCUAUUUCCCUUUUAUUGCGCAAGCCUUGUUUCCUUCUUUUUUAAUACUAAUGAUAUAAUUGCUAAUGAUAUUGAUUUAAAAUACCCGCUUUACUUUGGAAUGAACGGACCUAAACAUUUAGAUAUGACAGAAUGUCCAAUUAAAAUUCGGAAAUUUUCCUUUUCAAAUUCUAGACUAGCCAAACUUAAUGUACAUACACACCUGAAUGCAGUGACGAUUUCAAGUUUUCAAAUCGCAGACGUUUCUUCUAACGAACUAGAAUACGUUUCUCCACAACUCCUUGCAUCAUCCGUCAAUAUAAAAUAUAUUAAUGUCUCCACCAAUAAACUUCACGUUAUGCAAGAAAGCCACACGCGUGACUUCGAACGUCUGCUCUGGGCAUUAAGAAAAUUAGAAAUAUUAGAUUUAUCACAAAACGGCAUAUUUUCCAUCCCAAGGUUAAUGUUCAUUAACACAACAUCGUUGGAAUAUCUGGAUUUGUCAAUGAACAAGUUACAAUCCAUCGAUUUUGUUAUCCAACAUCUUGUGCGACUCAAGACAUUUAAUCUUCAAAGGAACUGGUUUUUGAUGAUAGACGAAAACACGCAAUUAGUUUUGGACAAUUUGAAUUAUAGACAAUUGAAUUCAACCGAUGAAGGUUUAGUAAUUGAUUUGAGCCAUAAUAAUUUCAUUUGUACUUGCGAUACAGUUGUCAUUAAUUCGAUAAAAUGGAUGGAAACUUUACCUAAAGAACUAUUGGCUGGUGAUUUAAACAAUUACAAAUGUGAUUUGGACGGCGCCCAAGUUAAUAUCGUCCGAGGUGGUUUACAAGAAACCAAAUCAUAUUGUCGACUACAAAAAGCAUUGUUAGCACUUGCAAUAUGCUUGCCACCUACGGUAAGCGCAAUUGCCGCCAUUUUAAUCAAACGUUUUAUUCGACAAAGAAAACAGAGACGUCAACAGAGACGUCAACAGAAAAUUGACAUUGGUCUUGAAAGGUUGAGAAAUGAAACAUUUCCAAAGAAAUAUCUAGUUUUUUUCUCGUUCUGUUCCGAAGAUGCUGUUGCUGCGACCAACCUAUUUUUCACAGAGCUUGAAAAACGUUUAAAAGACAUUGUGGAUACACCAAGAAAUUUGGUUUGUAUCGGGGACCGUAACUUCCGGCCUGGUCACCCUAUAGGAGAGGAAAUUAUCCGCUGCAUUGACGAAUCAGCUGUGACCAUUCUUGCCGUCUCCAACGCCUUCUGCAAGAAACAUUGGUGCAAGAGGGAAAUCCAGGAAACGUAUGAUCAGGACAAACCUAUUAUCUUGCUGAUGCUUGAGCACGUCGAACCAGAAACUAUGGGAAUUGUUCUUCACAAACUAUUUGAGCGUUACACGAUAGCCAAAUUGGUGUUUGAAGAUUGCCAGAUUAGACUCGAACCGGAUUGGGCAAUUUUUUGUGACUCAAUUAUUAACUUGUCUAUGAAAUAUCUUGAUGAAUAGAAUAGUGGAAGUAAAAAAAUCAAUUAACUUUUUUUCAAAAAAGCUGAAAUAUGUGCAGUAAUGUUUGCAAUAUACAUCAAAGCAUCGAACCAUAUAACUUAUUCCAAUCAAAAAAGGUUUAUUUAUGUAUCAUAUUCUCAGUUUCUUUCUGAAAAUAAUUGAUAUUAGUAAUUCAUGUAAAAACUUUUUUUUUAAAUAUGGAAUUGAGUAGUUGGAGCUAUAAUAAAAUGCAGUAAUGUAAACUAACAUUUCUAAUUUAAAUUUUAAUAUACACGAUAAUCGAGUGGUGUCAGAUAAUACAGAAUGCUUGUUGAACCACACUGAAACCUUCAAUUUUGUAUUGCCAUAUUAUAUUUUUGACUUUGAUAUGUGGCCUGAUCUGAGAUUUUUGGUCAGAAAGGGGUACAUGGAAAAAGUUUUUUAUUUCAAUUAACAGAAAACUCCAUGUAUGUUGAACACGGAAAAAAUAAGAGGAUUGCCAUAUUUCUCAGUUAUGUUGAACACGGAAACAUUAAGAUGUUUGCAAAAUUUCUCAGUUUACGGUGAAAGCGGCUGAUUUAGAAAUGCCUAGUAAAAUACAAAAAUAAACUUUUCUUGAUUUAUAAACAUGUCAAUAAAAUAAGUUAAUACAUUUCUUAAUAAAUCUGCGAGUGCAUGAGUAAAUAAAUAACAUAAUGGUUUAUAAUACAUAAUACUUAUUAUUUUAUUAUAAUACACACAAUUGUGUUUUGUAGGUGUGUUAUAAUGCUGCUGUA